AUGGCACACAAAGACGCGGUAGGGCUCUGUUUGAUUUGUGGUGAACUUUCUUUUGGAAAACACUAUGGUUGUUUAAGCUGUCUUGGAUGCAAAACAUUUUUUAGAAGAGCUGUAAUGCAUGGUCAGGAUACAAUUUGCAAAAAGCCGAAUAUUUGUGAACAAGAAGUGUGUGCUAGACGACUUUGUAGAUCUUGUCGUUUUCGAAGAUGUCUGGAUAUGGGAAUGUCUAGAGAAGCAUUACAACCUCGAAGGGAUUUAAUUGGAAGACGAAAGAAAAGACCAACACAAAUACAAUUUUAUCAAAAUAAUUGUGUCUCUUUAAUUCCUUCAACUUCUGGGAGCGAAGUAAAUUUUUUUAUUAAAUUUUUUUCAUAA